AUGACGCCUUCUAAUAUGGAUGAUAAUACCAGCGGAUUCAUGAAAUUUAUUAACCCUCAAUGCCAAGAGGAGGAUUGUUGUAUCAGAAAUAGUCUAUUCCAAGAAGAUAGCAAAUGUAUAAAACAACAACCAGACCUAUUGAGCGAGCAAACAGCACCCUUCCCAAUUUUGGAAGACCAGUGUCCUGCUUUGAACCUUGACAGAUCAAAUAAUGAUUUGCUAUUACAGAACAACAUAUCUUUCCCUAAGGGUAGUGAUCUUCAAGCAAUUCAACUAACCCCUAUUUCAGGCGACUACUCUACCUAUGUUAUGGCAGAUAACAAUAAUAAUGAUAAUGAUAGUUAUAGUAAUACAAAUUAUUUUUCUAAAAAUAAUGGUAUAUCUCCAAGUUCGAGGAGUCCCUCAGUUGCUCAUAAUGAGAAUGUUCCAGAUGACUCUAAGGCAAAGAAAAAGGCUCAAAACAGAGCCGCCCAAAAAGCCUUCAGAGAGAGAAAAGAAGCCAGAAUGAAAGAAUUACAAGAUAAAUUGUUAGAAAGUGAAAGGAACCGCCAAAGUUUAUUGAAAGAAAUUGAGGAACUAAGAAAGGCAAAUACUGAAAUCAACGCAGAGAACAGACUGCUACUGCGGAGUGGUAAUGAAAAUUUUUCAAAGGACAUAGAAGAUGAUACCAACUACAAAUAUUCUUUCCCAACGAAAGAUGAAUUUUUUACCUCUAUGGUCCUGGAAAGCAAACUGAAUCACAAAGGCAAGUAUUCGCUAAAGGAUAAUGAAAUUAUGAAGCGAAAUACCCAGUAUACUGACGAAGCAGGAAGACAUGUACUAACAGUCCCCGCCACCUGGGAGUAUCUUUACAAACUUUCAGAAGAGAGGGACUUUGAUGUGACAUACGUUAUGAGCAAAUUGCAAGGACAAGAAUGUUGUCAUACCCAUGGACCUGCGUAUCCAAGAAGUUUAAUCGAUUUUCUAGUGGAGGAAGCUACUUUGAAUGAAUGA